AAGCAAGGCCACCUCGUGCGACCAUGUCCGUUAGUUUGUUCGUUGCCUUGCGGGUUGUGCGACGUUAUCGUUAAGCUAUUGACAAUGCGGGGAAAGGACGAAUAAAAUCGCCCGGCUUCGUGGGUGUCGAAUGGCCUCCGCCUAGCCAUUACAGAGGGCAGAUAUAACAUGUGACCGAGACAAUAAUGACGAUUACCUCGCUGAACAUCGUCGACGGAUCCGUCAAGAGGCGUAUGAUACCGUCGAUCAAAAAGCGCUACGUACUGGGAACGAUCGCCAUACUAGUCAUAUUGGCCGUGAUUUUGGCGGCCUAUUACACGGGCGUUUUCGCCGAAAAAAAGCAAGAGGAUGACGAGUCGAAUCUCAUGCCCCCGAACCCUACCGCACCGCUACCCCCGUCGGCCUCGGUCAUGCACGUAUUCAAAAGAUCGGCUGUAUGCGCAGAUUCACCGCCGUGCGCAGAAAUAGGAAAGAACGUUCUAGAAAAGAAUGGGAGCGCAGCGGAUGCGGCUAUAGCCACGUUGUUCUGCAACGGCAUGGUGACGAUGCAGAGUAUGGGCUUGGGGGGCGGAUUUUUGAUGACGGUGUACAAAAAGGACGAGAAACGGGCGUACUUUCUGAAUGCUCGCGAAAAGGCACCCCUAAACGCCAGCAAAGAAAUAUAUCAGGGCGACCAUAUGAAACCGCGGAAUGGUCCGCUCGCCAUAGGCGUGCCCGGUGAACUGAGGGGCUACUGGGCGUUGCAUAGGAAAUUUGGAAAACUACCAUGGAAAGAUCUUACCCAGCCGACUGUCGACUUGUGCCACAACGGCUACGUUAUGUCGAAUCACCAGUAUCAGUCGCUGUUUAAGAAAACACUUCGAGAGGACGUAAACUUUAACGAGUGGUUCAAAGACGCGAACGGCGCCUAUAAGAAACCGGGGUCGAAGGUUGUUCCCAAAAAGCUAUGCGAAACGUUGGCCGCGAUCGCAGCAAAUGGCGGCGACGACCUCUACAACGGGACGCUUGCCAAACUUUUCAUAGACGACGUGAAAGAGGCCGGAGGGAUCAUCACCGCGGAAGACAUGGAUCAGUACCAGCCCCAAUGGAUGGAUCCGGUUUCGGUGAAGCUCCUUAACUCGGACACUAUCUAUUCGGCCCCGCCCCCUGGCUCGGGCGCCAUCCUCACCCUCAUCAUGAACAUUCUCGAAGGUUAUAAUUUGACGAGGAGCAGCACGAACGGCCUCAACGAGACGGUACUGACUUACCAUCGCAUCAUCGAGGCGUUCAAAUACGCUUACGCGAAACGCACCGAACUCGGAGAUACCGACUUCGUCGACCUGAAGGAAUUACUGUCGAACCUAACCUCUAAGCGGUACGCGGAAAACGUGAGGCAAAAAAUCGUCGACAAUACCACAUUCCACGACCCUAAGCAUUACGGGGCCGUGUUCUACGACAAAGGGGAUCACGGUACCGCCCACAUAUCCGUCAUCGAUCAGAACGGGGACGCCAUAUCCGUUACCAGUUCGGUAAACUUGUAUUUCGGCGCGGGGAUGACGUCGAAACGUACCGGCAUUGUUUUCAACAGCGUGAUGGACGAUUUCUCAUUUCCCUACUACGAGAAUUACUUCGGACUGCCCGGCUCGCCGAACAACGAGAUGAAACCCGGGAAACGCCCCUCGUCGUCUAUGAGCCCGUCCGUCAUCGUCGAUAAGGACGGCGACGCGAAAAUGGUACUGGGUGCGUCGGGGGGCACCCAGAUCACCACGUCCGUUGCUUGGACGAUCGUCAGGUCGCUGUGGUUCGGCGAGAAUAUUAAAGAGGCAGUCGACGCGCCUAGGAUCCAUCACCAGCUGUUCCCGAUGCAGGUCUCGUACGAAUACGGGAUUUUACAGCAAGUGGUCGACGGGUUGAAGGCGCUCGGGCACAAGAUGAAACGCGACCUGUUGUCUGUGGUCUGCGCACUGAAGAGAGAAACGGGGAAGAUCGUGGCGAACGCGGACCACAGAAAAGGCGGCGAUGUCUACGGGCUCACGUGAUACGUUAACGGGUUUUUGCGACCGUCGCAAUAUUUUAAUGCGACAAACUAACGUUUCGCAAUACCCUGUCGAAUAUUUUUAUGCGUUGUUAAAUUUUUGCCAUUUUUCGCUAAAUAAAGUUAUGCAGAGCCACAAACGAACAUAACCUCCCGGCUUGCAUUACGUAAGUGGGGACUUUUGGCCUUUUAUUUUGGU